AUGGCCGAGGAGAUUGCGGUUGACAAAAACGCCUUUUUCAAUCGCUUAUCCAACUUCUAUGCAACAUGGAAGGCGGACAAGCGCUCGGGGAAUGCUCUAUUUGGCGGUGCAGGGUCCAUCGUCAUUCUCAUGGGAAAGACCGACGAACAGAAUUCUUUCCAAAAGCAUAGUGCGAUGCAUUUCUGGCUUCUCGGAUACGAAUUCCCAGCCACGCUCCUUGUGCUCACCACCGAAGCAAUCUACGUGGUGACUACAGCCAAGAAAGCAAAGCACCUGGAGCCAUUGAAAGGUGGGAAGAUACCGGUUGAGAUCCUGGUGACCACCAAGGAUCCAGAGUCGAAGAAUAAGGCGUUUGAAAAAUGUCUGGAUGUCAUUAAGGGUGCAGGAGCAAAAGUUGGUACCUUACCUAAAGACAACGCCUCUGGGCCCUUUGCAGAUGAGUGGAGACGCGCUUUCGCCGAUGCCUCAAAGGAAAUGGAGGAAGUAGACAUCACACCCGCACUUUCCUCCGCCGCGUUCUCAAUCAAGGAUCCGGAGGAACUGGUUUCUAUCCGCAAUGCCUCGCGAGCAUGUAGUGGCCUGAUGUCAGAAUAUUUCGUGGAUGAAAUGUCACGAUUGCUUGACGAGGAAAAGCAGAUGACACACAAGGGCCUCGCCGCAAAAGUUGACGCGAAGAUUGAUGAAGCCAAGUUCUUCAACAAGCUGGCCCGGCUACCGGCGGAAUUCGAUGCUCGGCAGAUCGACUGGGCCUAUGGGCCUGUGAUUCAGAGUGGAGGCGCGUAUGACCUCAAACUCACGGCGACAUCUGAUAGCAACAACCUGGAGCCAGGCAUCAUCCUUUCCAGCUUUGGAAUCAGAUACAAAACGUAUAGCUCGCUCAUCGGGCGCACGUAUUUGGUGGAUCCCAGCAAAUCGCAAGAGGCGAAUUAUGCUUUCCUGCUGAAUCUUCAUGAGACGGUGAUGAAAGAGAUUCGGGACGGUGCGGUUGCCAAGAACCUGUACAACAAGACCAUCGGCCUCGUCCGAUCGAAGAAACCCGAACUCGAAGGCCAUUUUGUCAAGAACAUUGGCGCCGGUAUUGGAAUUGAGCUUCGUGAUGCCAACAUGGUCCUCAAUGCCAAGAAUUCCCGUGUGUUGAAAAAUGGCAUGACUCUGUCCAUCACGGUUGGGUUGACCGAUGUGAAGGAUCCGGACUCCAAGGGAACCAAGAAUGGAGUUUACUCCAUGGUCAUCACUGAUACGGUCCGAGUUGGGGAAAAUGGACCUCAUAUCUUUACCAAGGAUGCUGGCAUUGACAUGGACUCGGUUUCGUUUUAUUUCGGGGACGAAGAAGAGCCUCAAAAACCGGCCAAGGAGAAGAAGGAAGCUAAGCCCAGCGCCAUUGCCAGCAGAAACGUCACAAGGACAAAACUCCGCGCUGAGCGACCGACUCAGAUUAACGAAGGCGCUGAAGCACGCCGACGUGAACAUCAGAAGGAACUGGCCUCGAAAAAAACGAAGGAAGGCUUAGAAAGGUUUACUGGAACCACCGGCGACAACAACGGUGUGGCCCAAAAGAAGUUCAAGCGCUUUGAAUCCUACAAGCGAGACAACCAAUUGCCUGCCAAGGUCAAGGAUCUGACUGUCUACGUUGACCACAAAGCCUCGACCGUCAUUGUGCCCAUCAUGGGCAGGCCAGUUCCGUUCCACAUCAACGCCAUCAAGAAUGCCAGCAAGAGCGAUGAAGGAGAGUAUGCCUACCUGCGAAUCAACUUCCUCUCGCCAGGCCAAGGGGUUGGCAGAAAAGACGACCAACCUUUCGAAGACUUGUCAGCUCAUUUUGUUCGCAAUCUCACGCUCCGGUCAAAGAACAAUGACCGACUUGCGCAAGUUGCACAGGAUAUCACUGAACUUCGAAAGACUGCCUUGAGGCGGGAGCAGGAGAAGAAGGAGAUGGAAGAUGUCAUCGAGCAGGACAAGCUGGUUGAGAUCAGAAACCGCCGCCCCGUGAAGCUGCCUGAUGUCUACCUUCGGCCUCCGCUGGAUGGAAAGCGAGUUCCGGGAGAAGUGGAAAUCCACCAGAAUGGUCUCCGGUACCUGUCACCUUUCCGCAAUGAGCAUGUCGAUGUGCUUUUCAGCAACGUAAAGCAUCUCUUCUUUCAGCCAUGCGCCCAUGAAUUGAUCGUCCUGAUCCAUGUGCACCUGAAAACCCCCAUCAUGAUCGGGAAGAGAAAGACGCGAGAUGUGCAAUUCUAUCGUGAGGCCACAGAGAUGCAGUUUGAUGAGACCGGAAACCGCCGGCGCAAGCAUCGAUACGGGGACGAAGAAGAGUUCGAGGCCGAGCAAGAAGAACGACGACGAAGGGCUGCUUUGGAUCGUGAGUUCAAAGCCUUCGCGGAGAAGGUUGCGGAUGCUGGUAAAGAUGAAGGGGUUGAUGUCGACAUCCCAUUCCGAGAGAUUGGGUUCACUGGUGUUCCCAACCGCUCCAAUGUCUUGAUUCAACCGACGACGGAUGCCCUCGUGCAGCUCACGGAGCCACCCUUCAUGGUCAUCACAUUGAAUGAAAUCGAGAUCGCUCAUCUAGAGAGAGUACAGCAGUUUGGUCUCAAAAACUUCGACAUGGUCUUUGUUUUCAAGGACUUCCACCGGCCUCCGGUGCAUGUCAACACGAUUCCCGUUGAGGCGCUUGAGGGUGUCAAGGACUGGCUCGAUUCGGUUGAUAUCGCGUACACCGAAGGCCCACUGAACUUGAACUGGACCACGAUCAUGAAAACGGUCGUGAGUGACCCGUACGGAUUCUUCGCCGACGGUGGCUGGUCAUUCCUGUCAGCCGAUUCUGAUUCGGAGGGUGGCUCUGAGGAGGAGGAAGAGUCGGCUUUCGAACUGUCCGAUUCUGAACUUGCGGCAGACGAAAGCUCCGAGGAAGACAGCGAGUACGACGACGACGCCAGUGCUGAUGCUAGCGAGGAUUUGAGCGGUGAUGAGGAGAGUGGCGAAGAUUGGGACGAGCUCGAGAAAAAAGCCAAACGAAAGGACAAGGAGAGCGCGCUGGACGAUGACGAACGAGGCACAAAGCGUAAACGUUAA